CUGUAUGCUACCCGAACCCAUUCUUUUUAUCACGUAUUAUACAUAUUAUCACAAGCAUCACAAGCAUCACAACACAAGUAUCACAAGCAUUGUAAGAUGUACCAGGCCAUUAUCUCUUACUGUGACCCACUUCACAUGUCAUUGAUGGAUACAUUCCUUGUAUCCAGGUAUCAAAAGCAACCAAAGUCAAAACCGAGUGGUAGCUUUGGCUGACGAGUUGCCAACUGUCGCUGCAAACAACUGGAUCCCCGAGUUGCUGAUCAGCGAUCAGGCUGAAAAUUGAAACCGCCGGUUUCUAUCAAACGCAAAAAACUUUUUCUCUUCCGCUGAGUCAAGGGUGGUAACAGCCAGCCAAGCGAGUUGCCGGGAAUGAUGCAAUAGUGCAGCAUCGUGUGGUUAGACAUUCCAUACCUACAUACCUACGUUCACAUAUUCAUACAUCCAUACAUCCAUAUAUCCAUCUAAUCCAACUUAAUCCAACCCACAGACAUACUAAGUUUGAAUCAAGCCGGCCGUUUACGGGCUUACAACCUUACAACCUUACAACCUUACAAUCUUACCUCCCUACCCGAAUAUUUCCAUUCCUAGCUGCCGGCACCAUAGCCAACAGUAUUUACCGUCUCGAAUAAUUUCUUCCCUGACGCAAUCGUUUCACAUCUACCUACUCAUCAACCCCUUUUCACCCCCUCCGUAGCCCUCUAUCACAUCUCAGUCGAAAUCCAACUCUUCAUCAACAUGGCAACUCCAACCAACCAGCAGACCUUCACUCUAAACAACGGAGUGAAGAUUCCCGCAAUCGGUUUUGGUACUUUCGCAAAUGAAGGCGCCAAGGGUGAGACAUACAAGGCAGUUACCGCUGCAUUAGAAGUCGGCUAUCGACAUCUGGACUGCGCCUGGUUCUACAAGAACGAGGCCGAAGUCGGCGAGGCUCUUCGUGACUUUCUCGCAAAGAACAAGUCCGUGAAGCGUGAAGACAUAUUCAUCUGCACUAAGGUGUGGCAGCAUCUUCACGAGCCGGAUGAGGUCAAGUGGUCGCUGGAGAACUCGCUUCAAAACUUCGGCCUCGACUACGUUGAUCUGUUCCUCGUCCACUGGCCUAUUGCUGCCGAGCGUGAUGACAAGUACAUGCCUAAGAUUGGCGCCGACGGCAAGUACAUCAUCAAGAAGGAGCUCACUGAGAACCCAGAGCCGACGUGGCGUGCCAUGGAGGAGCUGUAUGAAGCCAAAAAGGCUCGCGCCAUCGGUGUGUCCAAUUGGACAAUCCCCGGCCUCAAGAAGCUGCUGCAGCUCGCCAAGGUCAAGCCGGCAGUCAACCAGAUUGAAAUCCACCCUUUCCUGCCCAGCCAGGAGCUGGUUGAGUUCUGCCAGCAAAAUGAUAUUUUACCUGCCGCCUUCUCCCCCCUAGGCUCGCAGGAUCAAGUACCGAACACAGGCGAGAAGGUGCGCACUAACAAGACCUUGAUCGAGGUCGCCGACCGCAGCGGCUACACGCUGGCACAGGUCCUACUCGCGUGGGGCGUCCGCCGCGGCUACGUUGUGCUUCCCAAGAGCUCGACGCCCUCGCGCAUCGAAAGCAACUUCCAAGUCCCGCAAUUGGCGGAUGCCGACUUCGAGGCUGUUAAUAGCGUUGCUAAGGACCGUCACACCCGCUUCGUCAACAUGAAGGACACGUUUGGCUAUGACGUCUGGGCCGACGAGGCGAAAUAAAGUAGUAUAGCUAGGUUAACUAGCCAGCUAGCUAGCGUCUCUGUCGCGUAGCAGCGGACCAUUCGAUUCGUCGGUCCGACUGCAUUUUC